AUGGCUUCCGACGCCCCCCGCCAAUAUGUCCCUCUGACCUGCCAUGGCCACUCCAGACCCGUCCCACAUUUAAGCUUCUCGCCUCUCGAGAACGACGAUGUCUAUUACAUGAUCUCUGCUUGCAAGGAUGGGAACCCUAUGCUCCGCGACGGCCAGACCGGCGACUGGAUCGGAACAUUCUUCGGCCAUAAGGGAGCAGUGUGGCAGGCGAAGCUGAGCCCGGAUGCGUCAACCGCCGCGACUGCCUCAGCAGACUUUACUGCGAGGGUUUGGGACACACACUCCGGCGAGCUCCUCUACAUCCUCCAGCACGACCAUAUCGUGCGCGCCGUUGCCUAUCCGUUCGACAACUCGGGAAUGAUUGCAACAGGGGGAUUCGAGAAGAAACUUCGCAUUUUCGACCUACAGGAGCAGAAACCCACCACCACGCCAGGUGUCAAUGGUGCCGACGCCACCGUGACCGCGGUCACCAUCCCGACCUCCAUGGCAUUUGAGAUUGGCGAGGGCACGCAUACUCAGCCCAUCAAGUUCAUUGCUUGGGCCAUUGAUCCCAACGUGCUCGUCACCGCGUCGGGCGACACUUUGCGGUGGUUCGAUGUGCCUAGCCGUAGCUGCAUCCGGGCAGAGAAGCUCGAUGCCGAGAUCAAGUCCUGUGAACUGGUUUCCCUCGCGCCCUCCGUCGUCUCGCCUACCGAUAUUGGUGGCGGGCUGCCGGUCUUAGCUGUUGCGGCGGGCAAGACGGUUUACUUUUGGGGCGGUCCGCGAGCCGAUCAAGAGUUGAAGCGCAUGACUCUGCCCCACGGCAUCGCCAGUGUUGGUCUUGAUCUUCGGGGCAGGAAGUUCGUCGCGGGGGAGGAGCCAGGAACCUGGGCUCGGGUUUAUCGCUGGGACGAUGCGAGCGAAAUAGACGUUCAUAAGGGCCAUCACGGGCCGAUCUGGUCCAUUGCCUUCUCGCCCGACGGUAAUCUCUACGCCACCGGGUCCGAGGAUGGCACGAUCAAGAUGUGGAAGAACUGCGAAGGCUUCUACGGCCUCUGGCGCGGUGGUGCAUCCGGCAGUGCUGAGCGCAUCACGGAAUAG